ACAGCCUGGUCUCGAAGCGCCAGUAGAAGCCAAGAGUUCUUCUGCUGCCAACGCGCAAUCAUGGCGACUUCGACUACCUGGCUUUUGGUGCUUGCCGUGGCCGCACUGGCCGGCACCACUGAGGCUGCUUGCAAUGCCACCUUGUGGAAUGGUCACGAGUAUUACUACUCUCGUGACCACUUUGGUCAUAUCCUGGUUAACUUCACCACUGCACGCGCCUAUUGCCGCACUCUUGGCGGUGAUCUUGUCUCCAUCAACAGCAAGGCCGAAAACGAUUUCGUCUUCUCCCUCAACGCCACUACCUUUGAUCGCCGCUGGAUCGGUGUGCAAUACAACACCAGCCAAGGUGACUUUGUCAACGUUGAUGGCUACCUGGUCGACGAUCUGAUCACCACGUACUACACCCCUUGCGACCCCGAUACCACCUGCCUUUGGUUCAAGGGCGAGCCUAACAAUGCCUUCUCCGACGAGAACUGCGUUCAGCAGGGUCACCUCAACCCUGCUCGUGCUAGCAACCCUGGUGGCUGGAACGACGCCGAUUGCACCAAGGACCGUGCGUUCGUCUGCGAAGCUGAGCUUUCGCCCGCGUGCAUGACCACCACCACCUCCACCACCACCACCUCCACCACUUCAACCACCACCACCACCACGGUCACGACCAGCACCCUGCUCGCCGAGUACACUACUUGCCUGCCUUCGGGCGCCGGUUGCCUCUGGCGUCGCGAUGAGCCCAACGGUAUCACCUACAACGAACUUUGCGUCCAGAUGGGUCACCCCAAGGGUGGUCAGGUCGGCAACUGGAACGAUGCCGUUUGCUCCAAGCGCCGCUUUGCUGUGUGUGAGAUUGAUGGCCAUGCUCCCUGCGCUUUCACCACGACCACCUCUACUACCUCGACCACCACUACUUCAACCACCACUACCUCCACCACCUCGACCACUACCACCUCUACCACCACCACCACCACUACCGUCACCGGUUCUUGCAGCUACGCUCAUGUUUUCGAGGGCCAUCAGUACUUCUACUCCAAGGACUUCUACCCCGAUAUCCCUCUGACCUUUGCUCAGGCUCAGGACUGGUGCGAGACCAUGGAUGCUCAUCUCGUGUACACUGAGACCAAGGCCGAGAACGACUUUGUUUAUUCCAUCUCCCCCAUUCCCAACGAAUUGCGCUGGCUUGGUGCCGUGUACAACUCCAGCGUGGAUCAGUACUUCUUCUUGGAUGGUACUUCCAUCUCGGGCCUCCUUGCCGAAUACCCCGUUAUUGGCUGUGCCAACGGUGGCCCUGGCUGCCUGUGGCGCAACGACGAGCCUAACGGCAAGACCAACGGCGAGAACUGCAUCCAAAUGGGCCAUCCCAAGGGAGGUCAGCCUGCUUCUUGGAACGAUGCCGUCUGCACCAAGUUCCGUUUUGCUGUUUGCGAGCGCGAACGCAUUGACAGCUGCCCCUUCUCUACCACCACGACUUCCACCACCUCCACCACCACCACCGUCACUACCUCCACCUCCACCACUACUACCUCUACCACCUCCACCUCGACCACCGUCACUACCACCACCUCCACCUCCACCACUGUGACUGAUACCACCACCACCUCCACCACCACCACCACUAGCGCGCCUUGCGGCCAAUUCCAGCUGCAGUACAGCUCUUUCUCUGGUACCGGCCAGCGCUUCCAGAUGCCUCUUAACGGCGCCUUCUACCAGGCUUUCCGCAACGAGACAAGCUAUCUCGCUUUCUCUCAAGAGUGCUUCUGCCGUGUUGUCGGUGCUGAUACACCCUCUUCUCGCGCCACUGGUGCCUGGGUGUGGACCGCUAGUCUCCGUUACUUCUGCUACCGCUACACUGGCGACACCGCGCUGACUUCUCCUACUUCCACCACCAGCGAGUCGUACCAACGUCUCGAUUAA